GGGCGCUUCCCGUGGCCGCCUGGGUGCCGGACCCGGAGAGCGAGGCGAGCGGCGCUGCCGCGCCGGGCAGGGCCGCGCAGGGCCGGGCAGGGCCGGCCGGACUCGGGGCGCGGUAGGGGGAGCGCCAUGCGAGGGGCCCGGGCCGCUCCCUUCCGGCCGCGGCCGGAGCUGGUGCUGCUGCCUCUAUUGUCACUGCUGUGCCACCGGAGUCGACCCCAGGGAAGUCCCGGGCCACUGCAGUGCUAUGGAGUUGGACCCUUGGGCGACUUGAACUGCUCGUGGGGACCUCUUGGGGAUCUGGUAGCCCCCUCCACGCUGCACCUCCAGAGCCAGAAGUACCAUCCCAACAGAACGUGGACUGUGGCAGUGCCCACUGGGCAGAGCUGGGUGACCAUUCCGCGGGAACAGCUUACCAUGUCUGAUGAACUGCUUGUCUGGGGUACCGAGGCCGGCCAGCCUCUCUGGUCCCCAGUCUUCGUGAACCUGGAAACCCGAAUGAAGCCUGAUGCCCCCCGGCUCUACCCUGACGUCGACUUUUCAGAGGAUGACCCCUUGGAGGCCACUGUCCAUUGGGCCCCGCCAGUGUGGCCACCCCACAAGGUCCUGGUCUGCCAGUUCUACUAUCAAAGAUGCCAGGGGACUGCCUGGACUCUGCUGGAGCCAGAAGUGAAGUCCAUACCCCUGGCCCCCGUUGAGAUCCAGGACCUGGAGCUAGCCACUGGCUAUCGGGUGUACGGCCGCUGCCGAGUGGAGAACGAAGAGGGUCUGUGGGGCCACCGGAGCCCCGUUCUGUCCUUCCAGACGCCGCCCUCUGACGUAUGGAUAUCGGGGGAUGUCUGCGGGACAGCGGGCACACAGGAAGCCCUGCUUCUGUGGAAGGCCCCGGGCCACUGCGUGCGGAUGAGCUAUAAAGUCUGGUUCCAGAUUAAAGGACAGGAGCUGAUCCGGAAGACGGCUGCCUGCUGCAACUUCUCCAUCCCCAGCCAGGCGGGGUGGGUUGGGCUGUCUGCCGUCAAUGCCACGAGCUGGAAGCCUCUCACGAACCUUUCUUUGGCCUGCUUGGGUCCAAGUGCUGCCCCCCAUGGCGUGGUGGUCAGGAGCGUGGCCGGGAGCCCGGAACUGCUGGUGACUUGGCAGCGGGGGUCUGGGGAGUUGCAGGAGCACGUGGUGGACUGGGCCCGGGACGGGGAUCCCCUGGACGCCCUCAACUGGAUCCGGCUUCCCCCUGAGAACCUCAGAGCGCUAUUGCCAGGGGAGUUUGAAGGAGGGGUCCCCUACCGAAUCACAGUGACAGCAGUCUCUCCUUGCGGCUUGGCCCCUGCCCCCUCAGUCUGGAGGUUCAGAGAGGAACUAGUGCCCUUAGCAGGACCAACACUUUGGCGACUCCAGGACACCCCGCCAGGAACCCCCGCCAUAGCAUGGGGAGAGGUCCCAAGGCGCCAACUCCGGGGCCAUCUCACCCACUACACCUUGUGCGCACAGAGCGGGACCGGGCCUUCUGUCUGCAUGAAUGUGAGUGGCAGCGCCCGGAACAUCACCCUGCCUGACCUUCCCUGGGGUCCUUGUGAGCUGUGGAUGACCGCAUCCACCAUCGCAGGACAGGGCCCACCCGGUCCCAGCCUCCGGCUUCACCUACCAGAUAACACCCUGAAGUGGAAAGUUCUGCCAGGUGUCUUUCUCCUGUGGGGCUUGCUCCUGAUGGGCUGUGGUAUGAGCCUAGCCACCUCUGGAAGGUGCCUCCACCUUCGGCACAAGGUACUGCCCCGCUGGGUCUGGGAGAAGGUUCCUGAUCCUGCCAAUAGCAAUUCUGGCCAGCCUCACAUGGAGGAGAUGCCUCAGGCUCAGCCCCUCGGGGACUUCCCCAUCCUGAAGGUGGAGGAGCCCCCCCAGGCCUCCACCCGGCUUGACUCUGGGUAUGAGAAGCACUUCCUGCCCACCCCUGAGGAGCUAGGCCUUCUGGGCCCGCCCAGGCCCCACGUUCUGGCCUGAACCCACCACAAGCCAGGAGGCGGCCGCUCAUUUGACGGAUGAAGACACUGAGGAUCAGGGAGGCUGAGUCACUUGCCUGAGGACACCCAGCCAAGGACCCCUACAGCGAAGGGCCUGGCCCUACGGGGGGCACAUACGGAUGGGUGAGGGAGCAAAGGAAAACGUAUGACGUGGAGAGUGGCAGCCGCCUCCCCAGGUCCGUCCCGUCCUGCUGCUGUAACAGAACUGGAGCCCGGCGUCCCCAGCCUCCCUCGCAGCUCGGUGCAGCCACGGACCAAGCUCUCGUCCACGGAACGUGAGCGGCAGUGCCGCGUGCCGACGCCCAGACUGUUCUCUUCCCUUUCCCGUGAGCUGGCACAUCCACAGUGCCCGUGAUCCCGCUUUAACCGCACCGAAGGGGAAGGUGAGGCAAGUAGGGGGAAGAAACCUGAGUCCCCAAGUGACCGCAUGAAUCAGAGCCACCCGGAGAAAUAAACUUUUAUGUUUUUAUA